AUGCAAUUCACCAAACUCGCCUUCACCUCUUCUCUUGUCGCUGCAGUCGCCAUGGCCAAUGAAGACACUACCACCACCUCUACCGUCGUCAUUACCAAGACUUCUACUUUGGCCCACUCUCACGGUUCUGCCACCACCGACUCUUUCACCACCACCGAAACUUCUGUUUCUUCUGCCGCCACAUCUUCCGUCGUUGCCUCUUCCGUCGUCGCUAGUUCUUACAAGUUUGACUUCUCUAAUGCCACCUCUGGCCACUCUUACAACGCCUCUUCUUUCUCUAACAACACUGGUUCUAUCAGCAACGUUUCUACCCCAGCCGCUUACUCUUCUUCUAACAACGGUACCUACCUCGUUAGAAGAGAAGCUUUGCCAAGUGAAAUCGCUCCAGUUAUCACUUACUCUGCUUUUGGUAACAAGGUCGGAACUGCCACCGGUGUUUCUGCUGCAGCUCUUGCUCUCGUUGCUGGUCUUUUGUUAUAA